ACAAUCAAUAGGAAUACGAGUAACCAAAUUUGAACUAAAAUGGGGGGACAAAAUCUUUUUUGGACCUCCAUGUCUGUAGUUUUACUGCUGUCAGAUUUUGGCACAGCAUGUUUGGACGACAAAGGAAUAUGUUUGUUGGAGGCUCUCAAGGAUAUGAAGGAAUCGAAAAAGGAACUGCUUGGCACAUUACUAAAGUCUUUACUAGCGCCAAAACUUGAAAAGAAAGAGAAGCUGUUAUGUGCUGAGCCUCCCCCGCCUCCCGCGACGAUAGUGCUGAUGCCGGCGACGCCGCCUGUGCCGCCUUGUCUGCCCUCGCCACUGGCGUUACCACCAACUCUGCCGCCCAUCAUCCUCUCCGCUCCUCCGCCGGCACCACCAUGUUCACAAUUUCUGCUCCCCCCGCCACCACCACUCUGUUUGCCACCUGCCCCGCCCCCACCGAUCUUCCUGCCUGCUCCUGCACCACCACCGAUGUGUUUACCGGCUCCAGCGCCUGCGCCUUUGGUGCUGUCUCUUCCUCCACCUCCUCCCUUCAUGCCCUCCUGCCUGCCUCCGCCACCUGCUCCUAUUAUUCUCCCCGCUCCCCCGUCUCCUCUGAUGCUGCCUCCAGCACUACCUCCACCUUGCCUGCCGCCCGCGCCGGCGCCACUAGUAAUAUCCCUGGUGCCGCCCGCACCACCCCUACCGUGCGCGCCUCCACCGCCCGUGGGACUCCCUAUGAAUGCCUUCAUGGUUCCCGCGCCUAUUCCCAUCACGUUGGAACCAAAACCAAUCGAGCUGCCUCCGCCUUGUGCUUGCUCAUACUAUAAAUAAUAUUUGGACACUAACCUUACCAUAAUCUUUUUCGCCGUAUAUCUUAAACAGUUCCAGCGCCAGCUUAGCUUUUGCGAAAAGGAAAAUGGUUAUGUUGAGGGUACCAUUUACUUUAGUGUUAUUUAAUUAUUAAACUUUUAUUUAUUAUGUUUAAGUGAAACUUGUUUAAUAAAUUAUA